AUGGUGCAAUGUCUUGUUGAUCCAGCACACUCACCCUCACCAACCGCUGGCACGCUGCCCCUCAAAGAACAGGCCGAUGGCUACGAGUCAAGCGGCAAGCAUGACGGCGCCGUCAUGUCGAGAGAGGAGCAUGCCCAGCGCAUGAGGGAGCUCAUCAUGAAGCGCUCCGUGAUGAGGACGACUCCGCGGAGAGGAUGGUCUCUGUCCGAUUACCAAGGCGACCAGUACCAAUCCAUGCCUCACCACCAUCCCCACUACGCCUCCCAAGUGAGCCGGCAAGCGCCCAUUCCCGAAAAUGCCGUUUUACAACAACCCGCCGGCCGGCCCGACUCGCCUGCUUCGUCGGCCUCGCCAUCCGCGUCUUCCGCCGCAGGAGGACAGCCGGUUGAAAUCCCCCGCCGCCCCAAGAUGCCGCCUCCGCGGCGGUCGCACUCUGUGACGGACAAGGAGCCCGAGGCCAGCAUCCAGCCGCCCCUCUCGGCGCGCGUGAACCUGCUCGAGCUGCCGUCCGAGCUGCACUAUGCGCUCUUUGAUUUCCUCGACCCCAUCGACGGAGCGUGCCUCGGUCUCGCCCACCCGCGGCUCUAUUCGAUUCACCGUCGCAAGAACGGAAAGGUGCCCCUGUGCAGCCGGUACUCUGGCCCCAACGACCUGGAAUGGGCCUGGCGCGGCGCCGGCACCCUGGUCCGCAGGGAGCCGUGCAAUGCAGUCUCCUCGUCAGGCAAGCCCCUGGAGCAGCUGCGCGUCAGGGGGCAGGUGUACUGCCGAAAGUGCGGCAUCUCUCGGUGCGAGCUGCACCGCCAUCUGAAGGACUGGAUGGGGAGCGCCUACGAGUACUGCGAGAUCCGCAAAGCAUACGGCCGUCCAGCCGGCGACAGCGCCAAGUCGUUUUGCUUCAUGAGCUCUCCGAAAAACCCGCAUCGAUGUGGUCGUCACGGCGGCAAGAAGUAG